AGAGAGAGAGAGAGAGAGGAGGAGAAAAACCUGCUCAUCUGACACAUUCACGUUCCUCCUACGCUCGAACCGAGGUUAUUCCUGAUUAUUACUAUUUAUUUCACAGCGUCCGGGUCAUAGUCUGAUUCCUGAGGAACGAGAAGCAUCGUUUAUGAUUCAGCCAGAUAUGAUAUGAAUGUCAACCGGUCAAGGUCCGAUCCGCCGGAUUCUCAGGCUCCUUCUUCUCCUUCUUCUUCUGCUUCACGCGUUUGGGUGAAUUCCUCCUGAUCCAUAUUCAGUAAUAAUCCUUGAUAUUAAUCCAGUGUGGACGGUGCUGGAGGAUUGUUUGAGCAGCGUGGGAGCUCCACACCGGGGAUGACAUGCUGCGGUAAAAACUGGAAACUGGGAAUAACAUGGAUUAGGAAACACUGAUGAUGUGACUGCGACACUUGAGGAAGGAACAUGCUUGUCGGUCCUCCUGUGCAGAAAUCUGUCUCACCACUCAUUUAACAGCUGACGUUCACCUAGAGAUCGGAUCCGACGAGAGGACACCAUGUCGGCGGUGAUGAUCACUCGAAAGGUGCGAAAAUGGGAGAAGCUCCCGGGGAAGAACACGUUCUGCUGCGACGGCCGGGUGAUGAUGGCCCGGCAGAAAGGAGUCUUCUACCUUACCCUGUUCCUCAUCGUCGGGACCUGCUCCCUCUUCUUCGCCUUCGAAUGUCCAUACCUGGCUCUGCAUCUGUCUCCCACCAUCCCAGUCUUCGCUAUCGUGCUCUUCCUCUUCGUCAUGGCCAUGCUGUUGAGGACCAGCUUCAGUGACCCUGGGGUUCUGCCACGGGCCCUCCAAGAGGAAGCCACAUUCAUCGAGAUGGAAAUAGAGGCCGCCAACGGGAACGUCCCCGCGGGUCAGCGGCCUCCACCGCGAAUCCGCAACGUCCAGAUCAACAACCAGAUCGUCAAGCUCAAGUAUUGUUACACCUGCAAGAUCUUCCGGCCUCCUCGAGCGUCUCACUGCAGCAUCUGCGACAACUGUGUCGACCGUUUCGAUCACCACUGUCCAUGGGUGGGCAACUGUGUGGGCAAGAGGAACUACCGAUACUUCUACCUGUUCACCCUGUCGCUCUCCCUGCUCACCAUUUACAUCUUCACCUUCGACAUCGUCCACGUGGUAAUGCGCUCGGUGGAUAAUGGCUUCCUGAACACUUUGAAAGAAACACCUGGAACUGUGCUGGAGGUGCUGGUGUGCUUCUUCACCCUGUGGUCAGUGGUGGGACUGACCGGCUUCCACACCUACCUGAUCUCCCUCAACCAGACCACCAACGAGGACAUUAAAGGGUCGUGGUCUGGGAAGAACAGAGUCCAGAACCCGUACAGCCACAAGAACAUCUUCAAAAACUGCUGUGAGGUUCUGUGUGGGCCGGCCUACCCCAGCGUCUUGGACAGAAGAGGACUGCAGGAGGAUUCGCCGGUUCCUGCAUCGUCUGCUGCACCGAACAACAGCAGCAGCAGCAGCAGCAGCAGCCCGGAGCCACAAGCCAUGCAUGCUGUCCUCUGCCUACAGAAAACCACGGCGCCGCUCAUCCUCAACGAGCACACCCCUGAGGACGCCAAGCCGAGCAUCGCCGCCCCGGCCCAGAAGAGCCCCUCGCCCAAAGAGGAGCACCCCCCGCUGUCCAAGGUCCCGCCCCUGGCUUCUCCCGAGCCCGACGUGGAGGCGUCCAGCAUCAAGGACAAGUCCCAUUAGCUGCGUGAGGGGGGGCGGGCCCUAAUUGCGGCCACUCCCCCUCCCCCAGAAACCUGCCUGGACAGGAAGUGGAACAUUAAUAAUCAAUGUCUGAUUACUGUGCGGGUGACUCCGUUACUCUCCGGCUCCGGCCCCACAUCCAACCAGAAGGGUCUCUGCUGCGGCCCCUCCUUGCCCCCCCCUCCCUCAGCAGGAGCUGCAGAGCUGUUUGACUGACUCCUGCAGGAGGGGGGUGGGAGUGAUUUAAUGUUGAGUCAGCAGCUUCCUCUGACUCCAGAACACUGCAUGCAAAAGACACGCAGGUGGAGACGCCGCUGGGAAAUCUGCAAAAAAACAAGAACUCUCCUAAAGCGAAUGACUUUCCCUGUGGUUCACCGGUGGGCUCCUCUGUCCGACUCUUCUCUUCUUUAUUUAAAGUUGCAUAUUGACAUUUAUUGUGAGAGGCCAGUUCAUAUAUAUACUCCUUGCAAGUGUCUGGCAGGACAAUAAUACUUCUGGACGUGUAAACACCAAACAUACUGUCAGCUUUCGUUGUGUGUACAUUACAUGUCCUAUGCAAACCAUGAGGAGGCAGGACAGGCUACAGCUGGAAGUGUGUGAGUGGACAAGAUGUCCGUGCAGGGGGGGGGCAGGCCAGUCCUCAGCUGAGAUGUUCCUAAAGGCUCCUUCCAGGCAAAUGUAAAUCGACCUUUCCAGUCCGAUUCUGCUGCAUCAGUACUGUUAUUACUUAUCUUUUUCUUUUUUUUUACGUGAUCUGAUCCAGGCCAACUCCUGUCCUUCCACUUUUUCUAUAACUGAGGCUUCAGUGUGACGCCGGUGCUCUGAGUGACCCGGGAGCCGCUGAGUGAAAGGUCGGACCUCUGGUGAUCGUAGACACUUGUAGUAACAGUGCCUUAUCGCAACAGUUGCACUACGAAAUGCAACUUGGGUCGAGCAGCAGAGAUGCCCUUCACAGGUCAGAGCCGUUCACACGCAGAUCAGUCGAGAGCUUCUCAACCAGGGGGUCCGGAGAUACAUCCAACAUCAUGAGGAGAUUAAAGGGAAAGUUUCAUCUUUAUUUGGUAAAACAUCAACAACAAACCACAAUUUGUUGUUUCACCAACUGGAGCUCUAUCUUGAAUUCCUGCCAUUUUAACAUUUCAGUAUUUGCACAACUUAAACAAUCAGUGAAAGGUGCUGGCACUUAAAUGCAGAAUCAUCCAACUCUCAGCAAAACUGUUAAUACGAUUAUAUCCCCCCCGAUAAUGAAAAACGAAUUAGGUUUCUUCCAGAAAGUAUUAGAAAGAUAAAAUCUUAACGAGGAGAAAUUCACAACUGGAAGAUAAAUUCCGCCUGUGACCAGAAGAUAAAGUUGUGUGUGUGUGUGUGUGUGU